AGCUGAACCAGCGAGCCCUGGCCCUGCUCCAGAGCGUCCGCCAGCCCGUGGUGGUGGUGGCCAUCGCCGGGCUGUACCGCACCGGCAAGUCCUACCUCCUGAACCGACUGGCCGGCAAGGACCGGGGAGGGUUCUCGCUGGGCGCCACGGUGCAGUCGCACACCAAGGGCAUCUGGAUGUGGUGCCUGCCCCACCCCCGCCGGGCCGGCCACACCCUGGUGCUGCUGGACACCGAGGGGCUGGGCGACGUGGAGAAGGGCGAUGCGAAGAACGACGUGUGGAUCUUCACGCUGGCCGUGCUGCUCAGCGGCACCCUGGUCUACAACAGCCUGGGCACCAUCGACCAGCGUGCCCUGGAGCAGCUGCACUACGUGACGGAGCUGACGGAGCACAUCAAGGUGAAGGUGGCAGGUGAGGGCGGCCGGCAGAAGGGGGAGGAUUCAGCUGAAUUCGUGCACUUUUUCCCGGCCUUCGUGUGGGCCGUGCGGGAUUUCACGCUGCAGCUGGAGCUGGACGGGCGGGAGAUCACCGAGGACGAGUACCUGGAGAACGCCCUGAAACGCAGACAAGGCCAGCCCGAGAAGCUGGAUCUGCCCAAGAAGUACUUGCGCCAGUACUUCCCCUCCCGCAAGUGCUUUGUGUUCGACCGCCCGGCCCCGCGCUGCGACCUGGCCCGGCUGGACGAGCUGCCCGAGGCAGCGCUGAGCCCCGACUUCCUGGAGCCGGCGCAGCGCUUCUGCAGCCACAUCCACCAGCACGCGGGCACCAAAACCCUCCCCGGCGGCCACGUGGUGACGGGCACCUUGCUGGGGAACCUGGCGGUGACCUACGUGAUCGCCAUCCGCAGCGGGGCGGUGCCCUGCAUGGAGAGCGCGGUGCUGGCCCUGGCGCAGAUCGAGAACUCGGCGGCGGUGGGGGAGGCCGUGGCUGUCUACGAGGAGCAGCUGGAGUGGCGGGCGGCGCUGCCCACGGAGAGCGUGCAGGAGCUGCUGGAGGUGCACGCCCAGUGCGAGCGGGAGGCGCUGCGGGCGUUCAUGGCGCGCGCCUUCAAGGACGACGAGCAGCAAUACCAGCAGCAGCUUAAGGACAAGCUGGACUCCAAGCGCGCUGAGCUCUGCCACCGGAAUGAGGAGGCGUCGUCGGACCGGUGCAAGGCCGUGCUCAUGGAGCUGUCGCAGGAGCUGGAGGAGCGGGUCCGCGAGGGGAGCUACUCGGUGCCCGGGGGCUACCAGCGCUUCCUGGCCGACCAGCGGGAGAUGGUGGAGAAAUACCAGCGGGUGCCAUGGAAAGGGAUCAUGGCGGCCGAGGUGCUGCAGCAGUUUCUGAAGUCCAAGGAGACGGUGGCCCAGGCCGUCCUGCAGACGGACCAGAGCCUCACGGACAGACAGAGGGAGAUCGAAGCGGAGCGGGCGCGGGCCGAGGCGGCCGAGCGGGAGGCCCAGCGGAGCCAGGCGAUGCAGGCCAAGACGGAGCAGCUGCUGCAGGACCAGACGCGCAGCCACCAGGAGCACGUCCAGCAGCUGACGGCCAAGAUGGAGCAGGAUAGGAAGCAGCUGCUGGCCGAAGCCCAGGGCCUGGCGCCCUCGUCUGUCGAGGUGCACUUGGCAGCCAUAUCGGCCUUCCACGCACUGGUGCAGGGCCACACAAUGUUCUCCCAUGCCAUGACUGGCCAAUUCCUUAAGGGUUUGGAUCACCUCUUCCUGUACGGCCGCCCCCCCAGCGCGAUGGAGAUCCCCAUGCCGGCCCCCAUCUGCCUGAUCGAGAACAGCCCGGCGGGGGAGCUCCAGGUGCAGCAGGAGGCUCUGAAGGUGCUGGCGGAGAUCUCCCAGCCCGUGGUGGUGGUGGCCAUCGCCGGGCUGUACCGCACCGGCAAGUCCUACCUCAUGAACAAACUGGCCAGCAAGAGAACGGGGUUCUCGCUGGGCUCCACCAUCCAGUCGCACACCAAGGGCAUCUGGAUGUGGUGCCUGCCCCACCCCCGCAGGGCCGGCCACACCCUGGUGCUGCUGGACACCGAGGGGCUGGGUGAUGUGGAGAAGGGCGACGCGAAGAACGACACGUGGAUCUUCGCGCUGGCCGUGCUUCUCAGCAGCACCCUGGUCUACAACAGCCUGGGCACCAUCAACCAGCAGGCCAUGGACCAGCUGCAGUAUCCUCACCUGCGGGCCGGGGAGCCGGCCUCCAGCUAUGUGACAGAGCUGACGGAGCGCAUCAAGGUGAAGGCGGCGGGCAGGGGCAGCCGACAGGAGGGGGAGGAUUCGGCCGAGUUCGUGCGGUUCUUCCCGGCCUUCGUGUGGGCCGUGCGGGAUUUCACGCUGCAGCUGGAGCUGGACGGGCAGAAGAUCACCGAGGACGAGUACCUGGAGAAUGGCCUGAAACUAAAGCCAGGCAGCAGCCAGCGAGCCCAGCUCUACAACCUGCCCCGCGAGUGCAUCCGCCAGUUCUUCCCAGCCCGGAAAUGCUUCGUCUUCGUCCAGCCGGCCGGCAGGAGGGACCUGGCCCGGCUGGAGGAGCUGCGGGAGGACGAGCUGGAGCCCGAGUUCCGGGAGCAGGUGGCCCAGUUCUGCCGCCACGUCUGGGAGAUGUCGAAGCCUAAGACCAUCCCGGGCGGCCACGUGGUGACCGGGGCCACUUGGAUAAAAUACACCAAAACGAUGCCAGACUCGUAUCACCAUCAUAUCACUGAAGAAUAUGGGGGGCAGUGUCACACUCGGCCUUGCUUAGCUGGGGACCCGAGAUGCCAGGCCAAGGGGACCCGGCCCAAUCUCCCGCCCCAGGCGCAUGUGGAACGGCUCACACACCUGCCCCAUUCAGGCCCUGUCAUGGCUCGUACCCCUGCCCCAUCUGCACCCCCCCCACACCCUGGCUCAGGCCUCCCCUGUCUGUGCCCAACCUGGCAGCGCCGCUUGGAGGAGCAGAAGCAGGAGCUCUGCCAGCGCAAUGAGGUGGCGUCCUCGGACCGCUGCAAGGCCGCCCUGCUGGAGCUGUCGGACGAGCUGGAUGACCGGAUCGGCGAGGGGGUCUACUCAGUGCCCGGGGGCUACCAGCGCUUCCUGGACGACCGGCAGCGCAUGGUGGACAGAUACUGGCAGGUGCCGGGGAAGGGGGUAAAGGCCGAGGAGGUGCUGCAGGAGUUCCUCCAGUCCAAGGCGGCUGUGGCCCAGUCCAUCCUGCAGACGGACGAGGCCCUGACGGAGAAGGAGAAGGAGAUGGCAGCCGAGCGAGCCCGGGCCGAGGCGGCCGAGCGGGAGCAGCAGGUCCUGAAGCAGAAGGAGGCUGAGUUGCAGCAGAAGCUGGAGGACCAGGACCGCAGCUACCAGGAGAACCUGCGGCAGCUGGAGACGAAGCUGAAGGACGAGAGGAAGAAGCUGCUGGAGGAGCAGGGCAAGAUGAUGGAUCAGAAACUGAAGGUACCAGGGGGGCCGCGGGUGCUUGGCGCUGCGGGGGAUGGAUGGGCAGACCUGCUGCGGUCAACCCUGGCCCUGUGCUUUGGGGGGCCCCCUCGCUUCAGGGGGAUGUGGGGCCUGGGUGACGCAGGGGCUGGUGGCAGCUCUGCUCUGCCCCAUUUGGACGGCUCCCGGCAUUAA